CAGAUGAGAUGGUUUUGCAGAACCUCCCCGUGUGUGUGUGUGUGUGUGUGUGUGAGGGAGAGAGGGAGACAGAGAGAGAGAAUGGUUCGACAGAGAGAUGACAAUCGGUGCUUUAUAGCCACAAAGGCCUGUCUGAGCGAUUUGAGAACAGAAAGUAGAUGCUACUCGAAGCAUGAAUGUGGAUCCUACAGGAAAUGAAACUCGGCUGUAGCUGCACGGCUCGUGUGUUUAUGUCGUUUUCAUCUCUCUGUCUCUCAAGAACGGCUCUUAUAGACUUGAACACCGCUAACAUUCUGGCUUUUACAAAGGAAUAUACCAUCUACAGCGACUGUAACAAGGUGGCUCUUCAGAUCUGAUCUCUGGGGACAUGAGCUGACACCAGUCUGGCCUGGCUUUUGUGCUGUGCUCUGUGCAAAACAACCUUCUUGGACAGAUACACUCAUACACGUAGACACUCAUAGCCACACCUACACACUGACACCUGGCUUUAGCAGCGUGGCGGGAAGUGAGGCUGAGCAUGAUGUCUCAGAGGAGCAGGGCCAUGUGUCUUUGCCCCACAGUGAGUUUAGGGGUGCUGCUGGUGGCCCUCGGCGUCAUCCUCAUGAUGUUUGCUACAGUGUACGCUGGCGCAUUUGGGUCAGCCCUUGCCGCCCUUGGCUUCGGUGUUCUCAUCUACUCCUUCUGCAGAGUGAUGAAGUCCAGCAACCACAACAUGACCAUCCCAGGUCACUUCCUGCUGCAUUCACGCACCGGCACCCAGUACACAUAUGAGCAAGCCAUUGCUUUGCAGAGGAGGCUGGACAGGAUCCGCAGGGCUUCAGCAGAAGAGCGGCGCUCGGCCCAGAACCCCCCUCCAAUACUCACCAGUCUCCACAGCCUACCUGCAACUCCACCUCCCUGGGACAUGGAACCGCCACCAUCCUAUGAGACGGUCAUGAAGACCACAAUGCUCCCACAGCCAGCAAUGAUCAUGGCUGAGCCCUCAUGACCACAUGAGAACAGUGAUAACAAAUUAGGUGCUAAUGAGAGCUAAGUGCCGUGUCCCAGGCUGAAUGUUUUUAGCAUUUGUUCUGUAUCACUCAGGCAGUUUGAAAACCAUAAGUGACCAUUAUGAGAUCUGAUUAUAGACAGUAAGUACCACAUGCAUUGCCUCAUCAGUGGCUUACAUUAAAUGUACCUACAUUUAAGGACCUGCUUGCCAGCGUUACAAUAGAAGUGCUAUAGCCAUGCAUACAUGAUAGUCUGGACAUGUAUUGCCACUUAGGGAGGCGUUUUGUGCAGUAACGACAAGACAAGACAUGGCUAGUCAUAUGAUAUAUUUUUUUUAAAUGACCUAAUAAUACCAGGUAACAUGCAGCUUUAACCCUAUGUUGGAAAUUGUCUAGGUUUUUACGUGUCCCUGACAUGGAAAUCCCCAGAAGACUAAAUUCUUCAGACAAUGAGUCAUUACAAGUUGUGUGAGUUGCCCAAGUGAGUUUAUUUGUUGGGGUUUUUUUUCUAACAGAUCAUCAAAAAGUUGAGAGCUGUUGCUAAAGCUCUGCUAAAAGUGGGACAGGAGUCAAUUUUAUGUCCGAUGAAUGUGAGCUGACUGUUUGUUUGUUAUUUUGUUUGUUGUUGGUUUUUUUGUACUUUAAGUACACCACCAAACACCGAUAGGCGGCCCGCGGGCCACAUCCGGCCCACGAGAGCCAAAUAUCUGGCUUGCACAGACCCACUGGCACUAACGCACUUGUCUUAACAUGAGAAAUGUUAUUUUGACCUCACCCCACACUGUACACUCGACCUUCGACCUACGCCAGCGUAGAGUUUACGUAGAUGUAAAAGACGUAAACCAGGAUGUACUACUCACACACCAGCUCAGCCGUCUGCCAUCUAAAUGAAACAUUGCAAGUAAGUCAGGUGAUAAUAACGUUAACUGUCCUAAACGAAGAACGACAUGGCCUGCACGAAAAAGCACAAAGUGAACCAGGAAAACUGUCAGUUCAAAUCUGACUGGACUGAUCAGUUUUGUUUUAUUUUACCAGGCCACGUCAAUGCUAAACCGACAUGUGUGAUAUGCAUGCAGACCGUAGCAAAGCAGAUAAUCUAAAACGGCACUUCAGCACUAUGCAUGGUGCCAGUUUCAAUGCCAACUACCCUGCAAAAUCAGAUCAACGCAAACAAAAAACAGCAGUGAUAUGCAGUGAUAAAUAAAAUGUAUGUAGAUAUGUAAAAAAGUUGACACACUUAUCUUUGCCUUUUCCUGCUGUGUGCCACUUGCUGAAGUGCUGUUAAUCUUUUUUUUUUUUUUUGCUAUUGGGAAUAUCAGAAUAUAUUCCACACACCCGGGACCUUUUGAACUACUGCUCCCUUCUCAUUGUCUUCUUUAUAUUAGGCCUCUACAUGGGUGCUGUAAAUUAAAAUGCUUUUGACUUGAGUCAGAUAUAAAAAGGUGUUUACAUGCCAGGAUAUUUAUUUUUCAGUGUUGGUGGCUGUGUAUUGUGUAUAUAAGGACGUUUAAAUAAUUAAAUGGUUGUCUUUGGACUUAUUUUGUUUUCAAGAGUGCUUUUUUUUUUUUCUUGUUUUCUUGUGUGCCCCUUUGAGAAGCCCAGGCCUAAAUUAUUACUUCUACAAACUAGUACUACUACUAAUAAUAAUAAUGAUGAUGAUGAUGAUGGUAGCGGCAACAUCAUCAUCUGCAUAUAAAUCAAAUUUUACUGGCGCAAUAGAAAAAAAAAUCCCAGACAUUUUGGCCCUUGGCUUGGCACACUUCACAUACUUUGGCCCUUGGGGAAAACUAAUUGGGGAACCCUGCAUUACGAGUUGUGUUAAGAGUUGCCCAAAUUAGUUUAUUUGUUUUGUUUUGGGCUUUUUUCCUAACAGAUUGGCAUAAAAUUUAGAGCUGUUGCUAAAGCUCUGCUAAAAACGGGAUAGGAGUCAAUUUUAUGUCCGAUGAAUGUGAGUUGACUGUUUGUUUGCUUGGUUUUUUUUUUAUUUUUUUAGUACUUUAAGUACACAAUUUUCAGGGAGUCUUUUGGUUUGGUUUCUCCUUUUCUGAUGUGCAAAAAAGUUUGGAAACAUAGAUUUCCAGAUACUUUCCACCAAGGGAAAGACUUGUCACCUCAUCACUUUUGGGGCAAACAGUUUUAGUACUGUAUGUCUUUUUUUUGUACUUUAAUGCAGUGGUGGAUAAAGUGGGAAAGUAGCACUCCUCAGGAAAAAAGAAAGAAAGAAAAAGUUUGGCCCUCGGGAGGAAGGCGUUUGUAGAAGUCUUGAGCAAAGUGUUUCCUUAUGAGAAAAACUCCUAACUAUCCAAAGAAGCAUUUUCUUUUCUAAACGUGAAUGGCAGAGAAAAGGCUGUAAAUGUGUCUGUAGAACCGCAUGCAAAGUCAUAGCUGUCUUUACUAACAGACUUAACGUAAAUCACUUUGGCUGAAUAGUUUCCUUUUAUAGUUACUUCCUGAUUUUGACAAGGAAGAGAGGACGUUCUUAUUUUGAGGCAGCAUUUCUAAUAGAUCCUGACAAUCCCUGAGCUGGAGUUUGAUCAUUCAGAGCCAGACUAAUGCCCAGUGGGGCGUUUACAUUUCUACAUUACAAAAUGGUACAAUGCACAUGAAAAAAGAAAAAGGCCAGAUAUGAAAGACAGGAUGAGAAACAAUGAUAGUGAAUGAAUAACAAUACUGUAAUAAUAUCCCUGCUUGGUAUUGACCGUGCCGUGAACAGUGCUGUAAUGUUGCCAGGAGGAAUGUGUGACAAAAUACAGUACUUCACCCCACCUUCUAGACCCUUUACAGUCUUCAGAUCAUCAUAGAUACUUUCAUGACAAUCCUGCAGUAUUAAUGCCACUACAACACUAUGGUGCAAAUGGACCGUGAAAGGGAAUAGAUUUUUGGCGAAGCUGACAGACAGAUUAGAUUGUAAUAGAAGUUUUCAAAGUUUUUGUGUUUUAUAAUUCUGUGUGUGUGGUGCUUUACUGGUCCUGCUUGUGCUAGCUGAAAGCAUUUUCUGUUAUAACUGUGUAUUUAUCCUGACAAUGGCAGUUUUUUGAAACAAUGUACGGUAAAUUCUUGGUAGUGCCUUGGACCACUGAUCAGCUUCAUGGUUCAUAAACUUUAACGUCCUGGACCAGCGUUUGUUAUUUAAGACGAGGUCAUUCUUGAUUUUCAUUUUUGCCACAGGUUUUGUGUAGCGACAUGUUAUAAAAGAAAUGCACUGCCCUGAAUGAAUGUAAAACACUCAUCUUUUCCACUACUUCCCUUUUUAUUCACACUAGGCUGAUGUGCAACAGGAAUUUUCAAUCACAUUUACUGUAUGUUUGUGUUGUAGGUUUGCUUAACUUUUGUAUAAACCUAACUUUUUUAAUGUGUCACUCUUUAUGAUAUUUG